AUGGCGGCAACUAUAAAAAUACGCCAAGUCGAAGCUCUAAAAUGUAUGCUGAAUUUGAAUACUACUCCGAAUUCAUCAGACGGGCCACAAUGGAAGAUUUUAAUAUACGACCAGCUGGGCAGAGAUAUCAUUUCCCCUUUAUUAACAGUCAAGGAUUUACGCAUGCUUGGUGUUACUCUGCAUUUAAUGCUGAAUUCCCCUCGUGAACAAAUCCCCGAUGUUCCAGCUGUAUAUUUUGUUUAUCCUUCUAAAGAAAACAUUUAUAGUAUAUGCAAGGAUUUUGAAGCAGGUAGAUAUGAUUCAUAUUACUUGAAUUUUAUCAGUCCAAUAUCACGAGAGUACUUAGAAGAAAUAGCUCAGACAGCUUUGUCUGAAAAUUGUGUUCAUCAGAUUGCAAAAGUUUUUGAUCAGUAUACCAAUUUCAUAUGUUUGGAAGAUGAUUUGUUAACUCUCAGCUCAUCGAGUGACGGUCCAUCUUCUUUCUAUGCAUUAAAUCGUGCCAAAGCAACAGAAGCUGAUGUAGAAAGUAUAAUUCAUUCAGUUGUUGAUGGACUGUUUUCAGUUUUCGCAACACUAGGUACAAUACCUAUAAUACGUUGUCCUCGUGGUAAUGCUUCUGAAAUGGUAGCAUCUCAGUUGGAUUCGAAAUUUCGAGAUAGUCUACGAGAUUCUAGGAACUCACUCUUCAUGAAUAACACAGCACGUGGUUUUGGUGUUAGUAUGGGCGAUGACACGUCUGGAGAUCGUUUAUCAUUAAAUUCCCCGCUUGGUCUCCCAAAUAAAAAUGCUCAAAUAAAUUCACCGUCUAACUUGUUUCAGCGUCCAUUGUUGAUUCUUUUGGAUCGUAGUCUGGAUCUAGCUUCUCCUCUUCACCAUGAAUUAUCCUAUCAAAGUUUAGUUCACGAUAUAUUUAAUAUUCGUUUCAAUCGUGUUCACGUGAAUUUGGAUUUAGCUAAUCCUAUUUCGGACGAUGAGAAAUCCAAAAUUUCAGAUCGCCAUAGCCAAAAGUCAAAUUCCAAAGUAGUCGAAUAUGAUUUAAGCGGAUCGUGUGAUCGUUUGUGGAGAGAUUUUAAAGGUGCUGCAUUCUCUGAUGUCGCUGAGGCUAUACAUGAAGAAGUUACCAUCCUAAAGGAUUAUGACAGGCGUAUGAGUGAAUUGAAAUCAUCACUAGGUGGUUCAACAGAUGUUGAUCUGCUAGCAGCAUCGUCUACAAUGAAUUUCCUAGAUGAUAAUACAGCUAAAUUGACAAAUGCUAUCAACUCUUUACCUCAACUAAUGGAACGUAAACGGUGCCUUGAUAUGCAUACUAAUAUUGCAACUUGUCUGGCUAAUGUUAUCAAAGGCAGACAAAUACAUUCGUUCGCUGAGGAAGAAGACCAUUUGUUUGCUAAGAAUAAUCCAUCUACGGAACAAAGCCUAAACGACUUGAUCAGUAAUCCAUCAAUUGGUUCACCUGAGGAUAAAUUACGUCUGCUUAUUAUUGCUACGCUAACUGGAGUUAGUCGAAUUGGUAUAAACAAUAAUCCAAGCAGUGUUACUGGUUCUACAGGUGGAUUGAAUAAUUUAACAACAAAUUCUACUGGUGUCGAUUUUUGCCUGUCAGACAGUGAAGUUGAUCGUUUGAAAUCAGUUCUACAAACCACCUAUCCAGAUUUAGAUAUAAGUCCUAUUAAUUAUGUUCAACACUUUAGACGAAUUCCAAAAGCUGGUCAAUUAACUGAUAAUAUAAUGGAGAGCAUUAAAGGAGCUGGAAGUCGCAGUGUACUCGAUAAACUUGUUUCACAUGGUUCAGCUAUCCUGCUUACAGGAAUGAGACACUUGAUUGGUCAGAAAUCAUAUCUUCCAUUCACUCGUAUUGUAUCUCAACUAAUGGAAAAUAAAAGCGGUUCUGAAUUUGAGGAUUAUCGUUAUUUUGAUCCUAAAUUGUACAGGCGUCAAGAUACUAAUAUACCUCGGGUUAAACAACCUUUUGAUGAAGCUUUUGUUUUUGUCAUCGGUGGUGGCAGCUAUGUAGAAUAUCAAAAUCUGUUAGACUGGGUUAAAUCAACUUGUAAUACUACAUCUAUUUCAUCUUCUGCUUCCUCAACAUCUCUGGCGACUUCUGUGAAUGGAGUGAACAAUCGGGCUAAUCAAGGAGUACACGAUGCAUCAAGUUCUCUUAAUCUUCGGGGAACAACCUACUCAAAACACAUUACUUACGGUUGUACUGAUCUGGUUAGUCCAUCGGAUUUUCUUAACGAGUUGGGAAAGCUUGGAAAAGAGCUGUAA